AUGAAUUCCUUCUUGCUCUCCGCGCUGUGCCUCCUCGGGGUCUGCGCAGCCCUGGCAGGAGGCGUGACCGUGCAGGAUGGGGAGUUUUCCUUUCCUCUAGAGUCCGUGAAGAAGCUCAAGGGCCUCCAGGCUGUCCAGGAGCCCAGCACUUGGGACCACAAGAAGUUGGAUAGCCUCGUGGUUCCCAGACUCUGUGCAAACCCCAAGUUUCCCGAGGAGCUCCAGGCCGUGUGCAAGGAGCCCGACGCUGAGCAAAUUCUCCACCGCCUGGUGGCCAUCGCCGAGGAACCCAGCACAUGUGAGAUCUGUGCCUUCGCUGCCUGCGCGGGGUGCUAG